AUGACUCGCCAAGGAGUCAAAAAAUCACAGGUGCUUCGAAACCCAGUACCACGCAAGAUGGUCUCAUCGACAGUUGCAUCUCUUUCCACCAAGCCGGAAAGGUGGAAUCCUGCCGUUAAUGCAGACUGCAGUGGCAUUUGGGCUGGUUACUACUACUGUUGUCCCUGGCACGCCCGCCCAGAAACCUUCGGCGACUUCACUAAAGCCUACAGCUACUGGAGGUAUUGGGUUUAUGUUGGUGUCGAGGGAUAUAAGCCCACGACGACUACUAAAGCUACUUCCACAACCACACUGCCCGCCAACGGUAUCAGCACUCCAUCGCCUAUCCAGAACGGCAUCAGCAAGAACUGCAACAAAUUCCACAAGAUCCAGUCUACGACUACCUAUAUAUCCAUUGAGAACUACUACAACAACCCUGCUAUUGGUAAGAAUUGCGAAUCUCUACUAACCAACUAUUGGGUCUGUGUCGGAGUUGUGGGAUGGUCCCCCCCUACCAAGACCAAGACCACAACUACAAAGGCUGCUACGACUACCAAGCCGUCGAACGGCAUCUCAACGCCUCUGCCUAUCCAAGCUAACAUGUCAGCUCAACAACGACCUGCUCGUCCAUCCAGAAUUACUAUUCCAUCUCUUUAUCAGACUUUGGGAAGUGGAAUCCUACGGUCGGUGCUAACUGCACAAACCUUUAGGCUGGAUAACGUCUGCGUCGGUGUCAUCGGUGGCACCCCUACCAAGCCCAGCGACGGUAUCAAGACGCCCUCGCCGAUUCAACCCAAGAUGACAACCAACUGUAAGAAGUUUCACAAGGUAGCUUCUACAACUACCUGUGCCUCGAUUCAGAAGUACUACAAGAUUACCAUGGCUCAGUUGCUGAAGUGGAACCCGACAGUCGGCAGUGGGUGCGAGAAGCUCUGGGCUGACUAUUGGGUUUGUGUUGGGGUUUAG